UAUCAAAUAUGACACGACACGGACGCAGCCUGUUGCCACUGAUAUACCCGCUGCUGCUAUUGCAGCUGCUGCUGCCACGCCCCGCCCACUCCAUUGUCGGUGGUCAGAAUGCUGGUGAGGGCGAUGCACCCUAUCAGAUCUCACUGCAAACUCUGGCGGGCAGCCAUCUGUGCGGCGGGGUCAUCCUUUCAGCAAGCUGGACACUCACUGCGGGACACUGUGUGAGUGGUUGGCCAGCGGAUCGCCUACGCGUGGCUGUGGGCACCAUUCGCUAUACCCAACCAGGUGCUCUCCACUAUCCCUCGGCGAUCUAUGUGCACUGCAACUACGACCAGCCCAAGUACCAUAAUGAUAUUGCACUGCUCCAGCUGAACGAGAGCAUUCGCUAUGAUGCACUCACGCAGCCCGUGGCGUUGCCGCAUUUAGCCUGGCCUGUGGGCACCGCGGAGCUGCUCUUCACCGGCUGGGGCACACAGUCGGCGGCCGGUGCCACACCCACGCUGCUGCAAAUGGUGCAACAGCAGCACAUCACGCGGCAAGAAUGCGAGAUGCGACUCGCCGCCUACGAGGAUCUUCAGCUGGGGGCAUGUCAUGUGUGCGCCUUUCGAGCGCAAAACAUAGGCGCCUGCCAUGGCGACACUGGCGGUCCGCUGGUCCACAAUGGCCAGCUAAUUGGCAUACUCAACUUUAUGGUGCCCUGUGCACAGGGUGUACCCGACGUAUUUAUGGAUGCGCGUUACUACAGAGAGUGGAUGCGGCGGGUUAUGAGCGGCAAUGGCAAAUGUGCGGGUGUGCAACAGCAGAUAAUUAAUUAAGCGACUAACUAAGACUAUGCUCAGUUAUUAUUAGUUUAAGUUAUUAUCAGUAAACGUAUGUGUGUGAUAUAUUUAA